AUGUGCUCUUCGUAUAAGAAGAGUGGCGCGUCCAGCUCGGGGCUUCAUACAGCUACUCAGGAGAAACGAAAUGAUCUGCCCUGGAGCCGCAGCAAAAUGCUGGAUGGACACCUACUCCUGGGAUGGUUAUCGAUCACACUGGUAGUCCUUGUUUCCUACUUGCCGCCACCCAGUACAGCGUAUUUCGGGCUGACAGGCAAUGAGCCGCUGUCCAUCCUACCACUGAAUUCACUACCGGAUGAGAACGUGGGUCGGGCUCACUACAAGUUGUGUGACCGUCUCAAACUGGAAAAAAAGCAGCGCAGAAUGUGUAGACGUGACCCGGGCGUGGCCGAGACCUUGCGUGAAGCCAUCACCAUGAGCGCCCUAGAAUGCCAGUAUCAGUUUCGCUUUGAGAGAUGGAACUGCACCUUAGAGGGGCGCCACCGAGCCAAUAUGCUAAAGAGAGGAUUCAGAGAGACCUCCUUCCUGUAUGCCAUUUCCUCUGCUGGACUCACGCAUGCCAUGGCCAAAGCGUGCAGCGCGGGCCGCAUGGAGCGCUGCACGUGCGACGAAGCGCCUGACCUGGAAAACCGAAAGGCGUGGCAGUGGGGCGGCUGUGGCGACAAUCUGAAAUACGCCAACAAGUUUGUCAAGGACUUUCUGGGCAAACGCUCUAACAAGGACCUGCGUGCACACGUGGACAUGCACAACACCAAUGUGGGUCUGAAGGUCAUCAAGGCUGGCGUGGAGACCACCUGCAAGUGCCAUGGCGUCUCGGGCUCUUGCACUGUCCAGACGUGCUGGAGGCAGCUGCAGCCCUUCCAUGAGGUUGGCAAGCAGCUCAAGCAGCGCUACGAGACUUCCAUCAAGGUGGGCAGCUCCACCAACGAGGCCACGGGUGAGGGCGACAUCUCCUCCUCGGGUCGGAACCAACAACACCAGCAGCAGCCACUUCUACCCUUGCAGCUCAAUGAGCAGAUCCGCCGCACCAUGGACCUGCUGCACAUCGAGGACUCGCCCAGCUUCUGUAGGCCCAGCAAGUACUCGUCGGGCACGGCCGCCCGUAAGUGCUACAAGGACAAGAACUGCGACGCUAUCUGCUGCGGCCGGGGCCACAACACGCAGAGUCGGGAGGUGACACGGCCUUGCCAGUGCCAAGUGCGUUGGUGUUGCUAUGUGGAAUGCAAGCAGUGCACACAGAGGGAGGAGGUGUACACCUGUAAGGGCUGAACGCCAUCACGGGAGCAGUGACACUGAUAAGCACUUUGAGGGAUUCUUGUUUUUUUUUUUUUGAAAAAUCAGAGACAACUUUCUCAGACAACUGGGUGAACAUCUCAAGCCUUGACCAGACUUUCCUUACUCAGAAACCUUUUCACAUGACGUGCAAGCAGAGCGAAUAGACUUAUGGAAGAAGAACGCAUGUGUUUGUAUCCGGCAUUAGGGAUCUAUCGAUGAAUUACAAUGAAAACCAGACAGGGUGUAAGAAUUUUACUCUACACGCACAUAUCUACGCGUGCACACACCGUGCGUUCGCUUACAAAUGUAAAUAACUUAUAAUAACUUUAUAUAUAUUGUAAAGACAUAUUACAAGCCACUUAGUAUCUAAUUUUAUGGUAAAACGAACCACUAACUGCACAAAUGCUCUUCCGUUUGUGUGACCGUUCUUGCCUUAAGAAAGCCUAACAGAGGACUUCUUCACUUGGGGAAGAAAACAAAUCAAAUGUUUAUUGUACGUAAUAUACAGUAUGAAUUUGCAACUGCAGGUUGCAUUUUACACUAAACUGGACGCUUUAUUGGGACACCAGUGCCAUUGGAGUCAUCCAAAAGGGGAGUCGCACCUAAAAAUGUGCCUUUCUAAAGAUAUUCGCUAUUAUGAAAACUGGUGUUUAUUUCUUAAGCUGCCUGUAGGAAACAGUGUAAAUUUGAAAUAUUGAUGAUGGCAAAGUCUGAUCAUACACUUCACUAUCAGUUGACGGGUAACGGGGCACGGGGCCGCUCUGUUGGGGGCCUAUUUUCAAAUACUUCAAAUUCAAAUAUUUUCAAAACCAAAGCCACUAGUGACCUAAAACCUAAACAGACAUCUGACUUAGACAUAUAUACUGUACGUCUCCAUGAGCAGGGGCAUAAAAAAAAUACAAAGUAAUUCCAUAAUAAAAUCCCCAAUUAAUUAUUAACAAAACUUAAAACGGCGGCAGCCAAAGGCGGGGGCCUUGGCGGUCCGACCCCCGGCUACAGAAGCUAACUCUUGGGACAUGGAAUGUCACUUCUCUGGCAGGGAAGGAGCCCGAGCUGGUGUGUGAGGCAGAGAAGUUCCAACUAGAUAUAGUUGAACUCUCCUCCACACACAGUUUGGGUUCUGAUACCAGUCCUCUCGAGAGGGGUUGGACCCUCUUCCACUCUGGAGUUGCCCACGGUGAGAGGCGCCGAGCAGGUGUGGGCAUACUUAUUGCCCCCAGGCUUGGUGCCUGUACGCUGGGGUUUACCCCAGUAGAGGAGAGGGUAGCCUCCCUCCGCCUUCGGGUGGGGGGACGGGUCCUGACUGUUGUUUGUGCUUAUGCACCAAACAGCAGUUCAGAGUAUCCACCCUUUUUGGAGUCCUUGGAGGGUGUGCUGGAGAGUGCCCCCUCUGGGGACUCCCUCGUUCUGCUGGAGGACUUCAACGCUCAUGUGGGCAAUGACAGUGAGACCUGGAGGGGCGUGAUUGGGAGGAACGGCCCCCCCCGAUCAGAACCCAAGCGGUGUUCUGUUAUUGGACCUCUGUGCUCGUCACGGAUUGUCCAUAACGAACACCAUGUUCAAACAUAAGGGUGUCCAUAUGUGCACUUGGCACCAGGACACCCUAGGCCGCAGUUCGAUGAUCGACUUUGUGAUCGUGUCAUCGGACUUGCGGCCGCAUGUUUUGGACACUCGGGUGAAGAGAGGGGCGGAGCUGUCAACUGAUCACCACCUGGUGGUGUGUUGGCUCCGAUGGUGGGGGAAGAUGCUGGUCAGACCUGGCAGGCCCAAACGUAUUGUGAGGGUCUGCUGGGAACGUCUGGCAGAAUCCGCUGUCAGAAAGGGCUUCAACACCCACCUCCGGCAGAACUUCUCACUUGUCCCAGGGGAGGUGGGGGACAUUGAGUCCGAGUGAACCAUGUUCCGCACCUCCAUUGUUGAGGCGGCCGAUCGGAGCUGUGGCCGUAAGGUGGUAGGUGCCUGUCGUGGCGGCAAUCCCCGAACCCGCUGGUGGACACCAGCGGUAAGGGAUGCCGUCAAGCUGAAGAAGGAGGCCUAUUGGGCCUUUUUGACCUGUGGGACUCCGGAGGCACCUGACAGGUACCGGCUGGCCAAGCGGACUGCGGCUUCGGCGGUCGCCGAGGCAAAAACUCGGACAUGGGAGGAGUUCGGCGAGGCCAUGGAAAACGACUUCCGGAUGGCUUCGAGGAAAUUCUGGUCCACCAUCCGGCGUCUGAGGAGAGGAAAGCAGUGCACCAUUAACACUGUGUAUAGUGAAGAUGGUGUACUGCUGAUCUCGACUCGGGACGUCGUGAGUCGGUGGGGAGAAUACUUCGAAGUCCUCCUCAAUUCCACCGACACGCCUUCCUUUGAGGAAGCAGAGUCUGGGGACUCUGAGGUGGGCUCUUCAAUCUCUGGGGUUGAAGUCACUGAGGCGGUUGGUAAGCUCCUCGGUGGCAAGGCCCCGGGGGUAGAUGAGAUCCGCCCGGAGUUCCUAAAGGCUCUGGAUGUUGUAGGGCUGUCAUGGCUGACACGCCUCUACAACAUCGCGUGGACAUCGGGGACAGUGCCUCUGGAUUGGCAGACCGGGGUGGUGGUCCCCCUUUUUAAAAAGGGGGACCGGAGGGUGUGUGCCAAUUAUAGAGGGAUCACACUCCUCAGUCUCCCCGGUAAAGUCUAUUCAGGGGUGCUGGAGAGGAGGGUCCGUCGGGAAGUCAAAUCUCGGAU